CGUAUCUUUCGGUGGACACUUUUUUCCUUUUCCCGAUUCCUUCUCUGCAUUUUCAGUUUUCGUCGUCACUCUCACUCGCAAAGACACUCUCUCUCUCUAGUCUCUCCCUCCUUCUCCGUUUUCUACUCUCCCCUUCUCCUCCACCUCCGCGCCCCCCAAGCAGCGCAACCGCAGCAGCCGGAGAAGGGAACGAAAGGUAGGCCGCCGUACCGAUAAAAUGCCGCCGAAUUCCGCCGACAACAACGCUCUCAACGGCGGCCACCACCAUCACCACCACCAAAGAAAACCACCUCCGCCGCCAGCAGCAGCGGUGCCGCCGCCAACGCCUCCACUCCCUCCUCCUCCUUCCGCCGCCGUCACCGCUUUCGCCCCGCACAACCACCACCACCGCGGCGACCACGGCGGCGGGCACCACCACCACCAUCCUCGCCACCACCACUACCACCCCUACUACCCGUCCUACUCCACCUCCUCAAAAGCCUCCGUAAAGGGAUGCUGCUGCUGCCUCCUCCUCCUCCUCUCCCUCCUCUUCCUAAUCGCCAUCGCCGUCGCCCUCGUCGUCGUCCUCGCCGUGAAGCCCAAGAAGCCCCAAUUCGACCUCCAGCAGGUUGGCGUCCAGUACAUGGGGAUCAACACCCCGAACCCUUCCGCAUUCGACCCGGCCACCACCGCUGCUGCCUCGAUCUCCCUCGCGAUUCACAUGCUCUUCACCGCCGUGAACCCGAACAAGGUCGGGAUCAAGUACGGCGAGUCCCGGUUUACCGUCAUGUACCGCGGAAUCCCGCUCGGGAAGGCCUCUGUCCCUGGGUUCUUCCAGGAAGCACACAGCGAGAGGAAAGUUGAGGCCACUGUGGCUGUCGAUCGGUACAGCUUGAUGCAAGCCGAUGCGGCGGAUUUGAUCAGAGAUGCUUCGUUGAAUGACCGGGUGGAGCUUCGGGUUCUGGGUGAAGUCGGAGCUAAGAUCCGGGUCAUGGAGUUCGAUUCCCCUGGUGUUCAGGUAUCGGUGGAUUGCGCAAUCGUGAUCAGCCCGAGGAAGCAAUCUGUUACGUACAAACAAUGUGGAUUCGAUGGAUUGAGCGUCUAGUUAGUUUCAUCCAUCCUUGAUUACUAUAUAUUGCUAACACAACUUAAGGUUCUUCUCUCCUCUAUCCCUGGCCCUGAACCCUGAACAAGAAGAAGAAGAAGAGAUCAAAAGAAGGUGCAGAAAAGGGGGAAGAAGAAAGAUGGUAAGCUGGAAAAGGAGAGAAGGGUGGGGAAAAAAAGUGGAGCCAUGAUCUUCUCUCCCAGUUGCUGCACAUGGUUUGGUGGACAAAGGGCAAAAGGAAAGCUUCUUACUCUGUUGGUAGUGGUGGAGUAGUGGAUGGUGCUGAAGAGAUGAUUAUUACUGUAUUAUUAUUAGCUUUGGGGAAAAGAAAGAAGAAAAAAGGCAAAGCUGGUUUUGGGAAGGUGAGGAAGAAAAUGGCGAAGGCCAAGUCUUCUUCCCUAUGAUUCUUUUGAGGGGGUUUUUUUUUUUUAAUUAUUGUUUUGUUGUGUUGUUCACCAUAUGGGUUUACUUCGUUCUGAAGGAAGGAAGUGAUGGAGUGGAGUAGGAUAUGUGAAAUGU